AUGGGGCAGCUCCUUGGGGACAUCUGGGGACACCUCUCUGGGGACCCCCCCUCUGGGGACCCCUUUGGGGACCCCCUUGGGGACAUCUGGUGGCACUUCCCUGGUGCCCCCCCCCUUGGGGACAUCCCUGGGGACCCUUUUGGGGCCAUCCCUGGUGUCCCCCCCUCUGGUGACCCUUUUGGGGACCCCCCGGUGUCCCCCCUUGGGGUGGUGGCCUCGGGGUUGUCCCCAAGGGUGUCCCCAAGCUCCAAGGCCACCCCCUGGGGACCUUCUGUUGGUGCCACCACCGAGGGUGACACGACCUUGGGGACGGUGACACCCGGGAAGGGGGACCCUGGGGGGUGUCCCCAAGGAACCCCCAGGGGAAACCCCCCCCUCGGGGACAUCCCUGGGGACAUCCCAGGUGCCACCACCUCUGUCCAAGGUGCCCAGUGUGACAAAGGGGACAUUUCUGGUGUCCCCAAGGGCGUCCCUUGUCCCCCAGGUGCCACCUCUGGUGUCAACAGGGACGUCCCUUGUCCCCCAGGUGCCACCUCUGGUGUCAACAGGGACGUCCCUUGUCCCCCAGGUGCCACCUCUGGUGUCAACAGGGACGUCCCUUGUCCCCCAGGUGCCACCUCUGGUGUCAACAGGGACGUCCCUUGUCCCCCAGGUGCCACCUCUGGUGUCAACAGGGACGUCCCUUGUCCCCCAGGUGCCACCUCUGGUGUCAACAGGGACGUCCCUUGUCCCCCAGGUGCCACCUCUGGUGUCAACAGGGACGUCCCUUGUCCCCCAGGUGCCACCUCUGGUGUCAACAGGGACGUCCCUUGUCCCCCAGGUGCCACCUCUGGUGUCAACAGGGACGUCCCUUGUCCCCCAG